AUGUCGUUCGCGGCAUCAGCUGUUGGCGCUUUGCGCUGCUCAACAGCCAGCUGCCACCGGCAGCACCAGCGCCCUUCGCGCCCUUCGGCUGCGCCGGGACACGCGCGAUCCAUUCCACGCGAGGUGGCCGGGUGGUCCCAUGGCGCUCGGCGGUGCCGCGGGCGGGCCGUAGGCUGCUCGUCGAGCUCCCAAGCCAAUGCUUCCGGAGGCCCUGGGCGGCCUGCUUCGCCGGCUGCGCGGAGGAUGUUGUGGAUGGCAGCGGUCAAGCCUCUCAUGUACAGCGUAGCAUGGGUGCCUGUCUUUGUGGGGGGCGGUUUGGCGAGCUGGACGGUGGGCGUGCUCUCGCCCAUGAUGUUGCUGCAUCUGUUGCUCGCCAGCACGAUGAUCAUCGGCUGGCUCAAUCUCAGCAACGACGCGUUCGAUACGGACACUGGCGUGGAUGCUACGAAGCCCGAGUCCGUGGUCAACCUGACGGGAAGUCGAGGGAAGGUGUUGGCGCUGGCCAAUGCUCUGUUGGCCGCCGGGGUGGCGUGGCUCUCGUACACCGUCCUGUCGUCUGGCGGGACGAUCGCCGGGCUCAUGCUCGCCGCCGCGAUUGCAUGUGGCUACGUGUACCAGGGGCCUCCGUUUCGUUUGAGCUACCGCGGGCUCGGCGAGCCGCUGUGCUUCGCGGCGUUCGGGCCGCUGGCCACGACUGCGUUCUACCUGUGCUUCGCGAACGCCGGCAUUGACGCUUCGCGCGUGCCGUUCAGCACCGUCCCGCUCUCUGUGUGGGCGAUGUCGGCUCUCGUCGGGCUGUCGACUACGGUCAUCCUGCUGUGCAGCCACUUCCACCAGAUCGAGGGCGAUCGGCGCGCGGGGAAGAUGUCGCCGAUCGUGCGCCUGGGCACGGCCAAGUCCUCGCGCCUGCUGCGGGGAAUGGUCAGGGCGUUUUACGUGACGCUCUGCGUGUUCGUCGCGCUGAGCUACCUCCCACCGUUCCCGGCGCUCUUCUCCAUCGCGGCGAUGCCGCUCGCCGCGCGGCUGUGUCGGCAGGUCGAGGAGCACCACGACAACCCCGAGGGGGUGCGGACCAGCAAGGUGGUCGCGUGCAAGUGGCACCUCGCGCAGGGCAUGUGCAUGACGCUCGGGUUGCUCUUCAGUGGCACGCCAUGGUAG